CCCGAGCCCGGAAAAGGUUACAGCAAACGCCCCACAGCCUCGUCCAGCCCAACCAAAGCAAUUAAAAAGCCGGAGGAGGAGAAGGGAAGGGAAGGUGGGGGAAACCAGAAGCGAUCAGAGCGAAAGCAAGUUUGCUGCUUCGUCUACCCGAAUCCCCUCUCCCUCUCUCCUUGCGGUGAUUUGGGUCGCUCGCGCUCUCCGCCCAUGGACCAGCUCGUCAAUUUCAUCAUCCGCCCGCCCAGGUACGGGGCUUGCAAUUCGGUUCGUUGGAGUGGUCAGAGCUUGGUGCUUGGGGUUGGUGUUGCUCCGAGUGUAACUGUGUACGCUACUGGAUUAGGAUGCUCUGAGCUGACUACAGUCCUAAUGAUGAUUUAUUGGAGCAGGAGUUUAUGUUGAAGGGAAGAUGGUUUCACAGGAAGGAUUUAGAGGUCAUAAAUGGUCAGGGCAAGAAAUUGCAAUGCAGUCACUACAUGCCUGCUGUGAUUCCUGAAGAGAAAAUUCUUCCUUGUGUCAUAUACUGUCAUGGAAACAGUGGAUGCAGAGCUGAUGGUAGUGAAGCCGCUAUUAUUCUUCUACCAUCAAACAUUACAGUCUUUACACUGGACUUUUCAGGGUCUGGACUCUCUGAAGGAGAUCAUGUCACCUUAGGCUGGAAUGAAAGAGAAGAUCUGAAAGCUGUUGUUAAUUACUUGCGGACAGAUGGGAAUGUAUCUUGCAUUGCUUUGUGGGGUCGGUCAAUGGGUGCUGUCACAAGUCUAAUGUACGGAGCAGAUGAUCCAUCAAUUGCUGGAAUGGUUCUCGAUAGUCCAUUCUCCAACUUGGUUGACUUGAUGAUGGAGCUAGUGGAUACUUACAAAUAUCCACUGCCAAAAUUCACGGUCAAACUUGCAAUACAGCAUAUGAGAAAGAUCGUCAAGCGAAAAGCCAAUUUUGACAUCAUGGAUCUUGAUACUAUUCAGGUAGCAAAACGAUGUUUCGUUCCUGCUUUGUUUGGACAUGCUACUGAGGAUGAUUUUAUUCUUCCCCAUCAUUCAGACAAAAUCUAUGAAUCAUAUGUUGGUGACAAAAACAUCAUCAAAUUUGACGGGGACCACAAUUCACCACGCCCUCAAUUCUAUUUUGACUCGAUAACAAUAUUUUUUCAUAAUGUGCUAAACCCUCCUGAUGUCCCUGAGGAUCAUUAUUUCCUGACACCACAUGGCAGCCUUGGCCAGGGUCAUUGGGAUCCAGAACAAGACAUAGAAUAUAGGUUUGCUCAGUCACCUACAGGGACAACCCGUGCAACUACCACAGAAGAUGCCAUUGCGCAGUUGCGUUCUAGAAGGCUCAUGAGCAGAAUGGAAGUCCCAUCUGGUGCCACCACAGAAGGCACAACUGAAAGAACUGAGGGAAUUGAUAGUGAUGUUGGUCCCUCCUCAUCUAGCGUAUCUACUGCAACUCCUCCCAAUGGCCGCAACGGAAGGCUGCUCACCCCAACUUCUGAUGAUGGCGAAUAUGUGGAGUACUCGUUUGAUAGUUUAUCAGAUAUGCCUUACACUGUGGAAGAUGAAGAUAGAAUGCUGAUGCAAGCAAUUCUUGAAUCCCUGAAGGACUUUGAACUGUCAAAUACAAAAAAUGCAUCUGAUGCUUCAUCCAAAGAAAAUAAUGCCGUAAAAGAUUGCAAUGGCAUGUCUGGUGCGGCAUUGGAGCCAGAUGCAUCCUCCGUGUUGGCAUGUGCCACUGAUGCUCCUGGCAAGCAUAUAACAGUCUGCACCAGUGAAACAAAAUCUGCUGAAGUGCAAAGUGCAGAUAACCACACUGUAAAUAACGCUGCUUCUGUCGGUGCUUCUGAAGAGCCCCAGGCGUCAAUACAGAUCACCAACGGGAAGCCUGCCUCGGUAGAAUCCCAGGAAACAACUCAGAACGUCAAUGGGGAGGAUGGCACAAGAGCAACUCUGGUCGUUCAAAAGAGCCGGACCGGUGGCCUGAUAGAUGGUUUGACACAAAAAUGGGGUUCCUUCUUCAAGAACAAUGACUGAUACGAGCAGAAUACACUAUGACUCCGUUGACAAUACGUGUUCUUAUGUUAAUAGUCAGAGUUGCUUGCCUUUGGCUGAUGCCCAGCUUGAUUGGUUUUACUUGUAAAAUGGAAAGGAAACACAAUACACAAGUGGUUUCAGGAUGUUCGUGUAUAUAUAUCUAUAGAACAAGGAAGCGUCUCCACACUACUUUGCUUCUGGCGAAUUGGCAAGCCCUUAUUCUUGCUAAUGUGGUGUUAUAUAAUUGGAAAGCUGAUUAUUUUGUAGUUGUAUUUGUGAUUUUUUAAUUAGCAUUAUUUUUAGUGAAGGGUAGUGCCUCGCAAUGCGGGGUUGAUUUCUCUUGCA